UUCUGGAGGAAACCUUUCAACUUCUGCUCAGAGCCAGGCCUAGGGGGCGCCCUGUUAGGAGGGGCUUGAGCAUCCUUAGUAGAGCAGUGAGGAGUGCCCAAGGGCUCAUCAGAGGCCCAGCACCCAGAAUCCAGAAUCCAGUCAUGGGGUUCUCUUUACAACUUCUGGUGGGAGGGUGCCUGGGAUGGCUCCCCCUCCUGGGGCUGCUGCUGCCCAGGUUUUACUGCCAGGAACUCAGAAAAGAAUGUGGGCACACCUUUGAAACAGGGAAGAUCCUUGGAGGUCAAGCUACCUCCAUAAAUAAAUGGCCAUGGCAAGUCAGUAUUCUCUACAGGCGUUACCAUAUCUGUGGAGGCUCCGUCCUGCAUGAGCAGUGGGUGCUCACAGCUGCCCACUGCUUUUUCAUGAACAUGGAUUCCCUGUUCAAAUACAAAGUGUUGGCGGGCUUGACCGACCUCAGACUUAAAAAUAGGAAGGGCCAGAGGCGGAAUAUCAGGCAGGUGUACAUUCACCCAGACUACGGGCUCACUCACCCCCAUGGGAAGGACAUCGCUUUGGUGCAUCUGCAGAGACCCCUGAAGUUCUCCAGCAAUGUCUACCCCAUCUGCCUCCCCAAUGCCAACAUCAGUCUGAAGAAAGUGACCAAAUGCUGGGUCACCGGAUGGGGAAAGAUGAGUCAGGACGGUUACAUUGAAGGGAAGCUUCAAGAGGCUGAAGUCCCUCUUCUUAAUCAGUUUAUCUGUCAGUUAAUAUAUGGAAACCCACUCUUUAUCCAGGAAGAUAUGCUAUGUGCCACAGACAUGAAAGUUAAGAAGAGCCCAUGCCAGGGCGAUUCUGGAGGACCUCUUGUCUGCAAAAUCAAUAAUACCUGGAUCCAGAUUGGGGUGGUGACCUGGGGCAGAGGCUGUAAGCCACCUAUACUCCCUUCUGUUUUUUCCCGAGUUCCUUUCUUCUCACCAUGGAUCUCGGGCAUCAUCAAAACCAGGACCAUCUCCAGAUCAACAGCCAUCAUUGUUUCCUGGGCAACUCUUCCAACUCCACUGCUAUUUCUCUAUGCCCUGAGAAUCCAGUGACUUUCCACCUGUUUUUUCUCCUUUCCCAAUAUCUUCCCUCUUCCUCUGAACCCCUUCUCAAAUCUUACAGCUUCUACAAGACCUCUCUCCCUUUUUUUUACUCCUCCCUCUCUCAUCUGCCCCAUCUUCAGGCUCGUCCUCUCCAACCUGGGCAGAAAGUGGUGGUGGUGAGUGAGACGUGGAUGCUGGGUCUUGGGAUAGACAGGGUAGGAGAAGGUGAUCGUGGGAACUGGGUCCUAGUUUGUGGAAGGUAGGGUCUGAACCUUCUUUGAGAACUAGGAAUUCUGGAAUGGCACAAUGGAUGCUGAAAGUGCCUGGGACUAAGGAGGGUGCUGGAAACACUGGAUGGUAACAAGGACUGAGGCUUCAGUGAUCUAAUUAAACUGUUGUAAAGCAGAAAGCUGUGGAGUUCUGCAUUUGUCCUUG